AUGGCUAGUAGAUGUCAACUUUGUGAAGAGGUUUUUCCUUCCCGAAUGAAGCUCGUAAUUCAUGAAAGAAUUAAGCAUCGGAAUAACAAAACUAUACCUCAUCGCAAUUUUCUUUUUCAACCACCCUUCGAGCAAGUUAUGUUUUAUCAAGAUGCAUUUAUAGUUCUUGUUAAAAAACGUCUUGGCUUUAAUAGACAUUCGAUAGGCGCAAAACAAGUUUCUAUUCACGCUUUUCCAGAAAAUAUAUUUGGUGAGGCUAGUGAACUAAGAUUGAAACAAUUAGUUAAUUAUGAUGAUUGGAAUGUGCGACAAGAUCCAAAGUUAAAAACUAUAGGCUAUGUUUUGUUUAUGGAUAAUGAGAAUUCAUAUAGAGUUAACUUUAGUUGGACGCAAUCAGAAUUUAAGGAGAAUAAUUGUAUUUUUCAAUAUGGAACUGUAACCUGUAAAUUCACAGCAGAUUCAGGAGAAUUUUCUCAACUACCUGCUAUAUCCCAAACAUCGAAUCUACCACAAGUUUAUAAGAUUAAUUUGAAUAAGGAUUCUUCAGAUGAUGGAUUAACUCAAAAAAAUUAUAGAUUUAUAUUACCUUGGAUAUUUUUCUGA